AUGGAGCAUUUUGUUAACACUGUCAUAAGCAGUGAGGAAUUUACCAUUAAGACUCUGGGUAUGGAGUUCUUAUCUAUCAAGGAUGACAAUAAUAACCAAACAAAGCAUUUUGAUAUCACUGUCAUAAGUAGUGAGGAAUUUACCAUUAAGGCUCUGGGUAUGGAGUUCUUAUUCAUCAAGGGUGACAAUAAUAACCUUAUCAUCUUUAAAGAUGAAGAGCGGGAAAUUGAUGGUAAAUAG